GUGUAGUGAUUGACAUUCUUACACGGUUUGGCAAAUACUUUCAAUACUUGACUAAAUGAAGCCUAGAUGGAAAGGUAAAGGCUCAGAAGCCAAAGCUAGUUCUGAUCCCAUGUCUAAAAUUGUCUCACAACUCCAUUCCUCUUUGAUCCAAACCGAGACUUGUGGUUUGCUCUCGAGCUGCAGUGUACUCGUUGAAGUAGAUGCUGAAUUAGCUGAUCUUCUCAACCGUGCAUGUUUUGGUCGACCAAGAAUUACAUCAGAAAAGGACAAACAAUGGUUUCAACUGGAUAUGGAGGAAACCUUUUAUUUGUGCUUUUCACUAAAAUGCCUCAAAGUCAUGGGUGAAGAUGGAUCCACAAAAAGUAAUGAAGAGUUGUGGGAGUACUUCAAAUCAAAAAAGCCUGUGUUUCCUAUUCAUUACAAGGCUUAUUCUCAUCUUCGGCAUAAAAAUUGGAUUGUAAAACUAGGAUUGCAGUAUGGUGUGGACUUUGUUGCCUACCGUCACCACCCGGCUCUUGUCCAUUCCGAGUAUGCAGUGCUGGCACUACCAGAAGGAGAUAAUGAUCUAAAUGGUCGAUUGAGAGUGUGGUCAGAUGUUCAUUGUACAGUUCGCCUUUGUGGAAGUGUUGCAAAAACAUUAUUGAUCGUUAUCGUGAAUAGCAAUGGACUAGGUGCGAACUCUCCUUCAUGUUUAGAGCACUACACUGUCGAAGAACGGACGAUAACGAGAUGGAACCCAGAACAGAGCCGAGAAGAUCAGGGAGGGCUUCAGAACCAAAUAAAGGAAGGUAUAAUUUAGAAUAUUGUUUUCUGCCUUGCUCUAGGAAAAGUUUUUCUGUUACUUGUAUGUUCUUGCCAACAUAUCUUAUUCUAUGCAAAAAAGAUUAUGAACUGGACAGUCAUCAUGUGACUGGUUUCCAGUUUUUGAAAUGAGAAUCAAGACCACUUGUUUUACGUGGUACUUAAAGUUUGAUGAUUAUGUAGUUUCUUGAAAUAGAUUAUACAUGGCAU